AUGCGAUACGACCAUGCAUGUUGGUCCUUGCUGAUCAACAUUGGACCCACACGUACUUUGUACACGUCAGAUUCUGGCCACUCGGUGAGGUUGCCCUGGAUUGUCAGCCGCACUUGUAGGAACUGGAAUAAGAUCAUCUCUAUCACUCGACAUGCCUAUUUGGGUUCAGUCAUGCUCUUCUUUCCAACGUCGGCUCCACAAUAUGUCAGGCUACAUUCUUCUUACGCUGCAGUUGGUAGCUGUAUCACUUCUAAUCACAUUGUGGCACGCCUUUCGACCAAAUACUUGGUCAAAUCGAGUAAUUUCAUACAUAAUCAAUGUCGGGCAAAUACUCCGAAAAUACAUCAAGGGAACGCUGCUGACUUUGCUUCUCGUAUCAAUGUAGAAAUUUCUGCUCUGGUGGUACCCGAUUUAUUCGACAGAUGGCUCAAAGACCAUUCCAACAUGCCCAUACCGAUUUCCAGAUGGCGGUGGAAGUCUCAAGUUCCUGGAGGGAGAGAACGUCUCUCGUCAGUGGGCCAAGAGAUAUGGCCCUGUAUAUCGCAUCUGGGUUGCAUUUUGACUCGCGCGGAUGAGAUCAAGACGGUCUUCAGAGACUCUGGUAAUCACCGCAAGGCUUCAAACCUGAAUGGUGGAUGGGUAAUGGGCGAUCUAGUCCGUGAUGGUGUCGGACUCAUCAGCCAAGGACACUGGAAACGAGUCCAUUCUGUAGUUUCCCCACCAUUUACCAAGAAGCCUACGACAUAUGUUCCCUUUGUCCAGUCCCGCAUUUCCCGCCAUUUCUCUGAGCUAUACAAGGAGUAUGAAGGCGGGAAAACGCUGCGCAUCAAGCCCGCCGAGGAUCUCAAGCUUCUGCCCUUCUGGGUUAUUAGCGACCUCUUGUAUGGAAACUUGUCCCCGGAGAUGACAGAGGAACUCUUGCACAUCACUGAUCUGCGCACCGAUGUGUUUCAAUAUGCCUUCAAGGGUGGAUUAUCACUGUUCUCCAUCAGCAAAAUAUUUUACCCGGCCAUAAGAAACGAGCUACAUGCCUUUCACACUCGUUGGGCCAAUUUCAAUCGGAAAGCAUAUCAAUAUGCAAUGAACAGUGACAAUGCCUCUGAUUGUGCUAUAGUUACCUUGUAUAGCGCCGUCGAGCAAGGUCAGAUUACACCAACCGAGCUGAUGCACACAUUGGACGAAGCACUAUUUGCCAACAUCGACGUGACAAUUGGCAGCUUCUCCUGGAUCCCACAAUUCCUAGCCGAUGAUGCUAAUCUGCAAAGCGAGCUUAGAGACGAGAUCUCACAAGCCAGAUCCGACAAGACGCCAGAGUCCUGGGUCAAAUACAUUGCCAGCAACUCGACUCUGCUGGCGAGCUGCAUCAACGAAUCUGCAAGACUGAAACCAGUCACCAACUAUACCUAUGCGCAAUCAAUGCCCACUGACCGUGACGUGGGUGGAUACCGCAUUCCCCGUGGAACCUUCAUGGUGGUUGACACCAAUGCCUUGAAUAUCUGGGAUGACGCCUGGGGCUCUGAUAAAAUGAUCUACCGCCCCCAGCGGUUCCUGGAGGAAUCCAGGGCCAACUUUCGGUAUCGCUUUUGGCGGUUUGGCUUUGGUCCCCGUCAGUGUAUUGCGCAGGCGUUGGCAGACACGAUCCUUAAGGUGCUGGUCGCAUAUACUGUUGAGAACUAUGAGUUGAAAUCCGCUGGAAAGUCUGCUGUGAAUGAGGAGGAUGCCCAGAAACGAGGGGAAGCGUGGUUCAAGGUUGCCGAACAGGAAAUUAUUUUGGAAGCGCUAUAG